AUGCAAAGCGAUCGUUUUGGUCCCCCGGCGAACUUCAGAAUCAAGCCGGAACUGGAUCUGACUGCACGCACCGCGCAUAAGCUUCAUGGCACCGAUGAUGUAUGCAUGAGAUCUGAUUUCCAUUCCGUCUCGUCCUUCUGUCGCCCUUCCUCUCUCCCAUCUCUACGCCCUUCCUUUCUCCCAUCUCUACGCCCUUCCUUUCUCCCAUCUCUACGCCCUUCCUUUCUCCCAUCUCUACGCCCUUCCUCUCUCCCAUCUCUACGCCCUUCCUUUCUCCCAUCUCUACGCCCUUCCUCUCUCCCAUCUCUACGCCCUUCCUUUCUCCCAUCUCUACGCCCUUCCUCUCUCCCAUCUCGUCACCCUCCCGUUUCUCGUCCCCUCGCCAUCGGCAUCUCUCACCCUUUCCGCUCGCCCUCGCCCUCCCUUUCCUCCCGUCGCCCUCCCGUUCCCGUCGCCCUCCGUUCAGAUCGCCUUCGCGAUCUGCUCUCCCAUCCCCUUGCCCUCCUGUUUCCUUUCGCCCUCCAUUCAGAUCGCCUUCGCGAUCUGCUCUCCCAUCCCCUUGCCCUCCUGUUUCCUUUCGCCCUCCAUUCAGAUCGCCUUCGCGAUCUGCUCUCCCAUCCCGUCGCCCUCACGUUUCCCGACGCCCCCACGAUCUCACUUCCCAUCGCCUCACGAUGA